AUGGGGAAAAACUUUGAUGAUGGCUGGGAACGUGGAGGUGCGGCAUUAACAGUUUACUUUAAAGGUCGGAAAGUUCUCGACAUUUGGGGUGGCUAUGCGGAUGUGAAAGCUGCCAGAAAAUGGCAAAUGGAUACGAUCACUUCAACAUUUUCGUGUUUAAAACAAAUGAUGGCUUUAUGUGUUGCAUUGAUGGUUGAAAGGAAAUUAGCAAAUUACGAUGAUCUAAUUAUCAAAUAUUGGCCUAAUUUUGGUAAUAAUGGUAAAGCUAAUAUUACCAUACGAAUGUUACUAUCAAAUACGGCGGGUUUAACUUAUUUGGACAAACCGAUUAGUUUGAAAAUUGCCGACAAUCAUCAUGCAAUGAUGAAAAUCUUCGAAAAUGAGCAACCGAAAUGGUUAACAGGACGAAAAUCCGGUUGUUAUGGAUCAUCAUACUACUGGCUUAUUGAUCAAUUAAUUCGACAUAUUGAUAAACAAAAACGUAGCGUACAACAACAUUUUCAUGAUGAAAUAGCGUCAAAAUUUGGAAUUGAUUAUUCAAUCGGUUUAACAAUGACAGAAGAACAUCGAGUGGCUCGAAUAACAAUGCCUUCCUGGUCUGAGAUUCUUCAUGAAAUUUAUCAAACUCCUUAUUUGAUGCGAACUUUGCUAUUUCAAUUUUCUACACUUAAAGAUUCGAUAAUAUAUAAAGUGAUGCAUAAUUUAAAUUGGUUAGAUCCAACUACACCGUUGCAAAUUAACAAUCCAAAUUUUCAUCAUUUAAUAUAUCAUGGAUUUGGUAAUGCAAGAAGUUUAGCAAAGAUAUUUCAUAUGCUAACAACAGGUAAACUGUUAUCACCUGCAACACAACUUCUUUUGAGGAAAACUUACGAUAAUAGCACGGAUAUAUGUACAAUAAAACAUUUAACAAAAAGCAUUGGCUUUCUAGUUUUCAUCAAUCAAUCAGAGGUGACAAAUUUAUAUGGUCAUUCAGGCUUCGGUUGUCAACAAGUCAUUCACGAUAGUGAAAAUGAUCUCACAAUUGCUUAUGUAACAAAUGCUAUCAAAAUUGGUGUAUAUGAAAAAUGUCGGACUUACAUUCGUUUACAAAAUGCUAUUUAUGGCAUCGUUGAAAAAGUUAAUGAAAUUUAG